AUACUUUGUUCGGCACUGGGCGAAGUUUGCCUCAAGUGCUUUCUGUCGGCGGUGCUGCCACGACAGGAGGUGAAGGUUAAAGAUGGAAAUAGGGAUGGGCUUCGUACCACGUGACUCUCGCCCAUAAACAAUAUGGCGGCGCCCUGUGCCGCAAGGAUAGCUGCAAGAGCAGGACUGAGAGGUUUCCUGCAGACAGUGUGUUGUCGAGGCAGCGCUGCUCCUCCCACCACGCUCCUGUCCCAGCAACACAGACGCUUCUUCUGGAAAAAGUGGAAGUCUUCUCAUUCUCACAGUGUAGUUCGCCCAGCUACUGUUAGGCCUGCCUACUCAGUGCCCAAGCACAUUGUGCGGCCUGACUAUGUCGGUAGUGGCGUGGUCCCAGAAUGGCCAGACUACAUAGAGAUCAAGGACCAAGAGCAGAUCGAGGGCCUUGCCAGAGCAUGCUGCCUAGCCAGGCAUGUGCUGCUACUAGCUGGACGCAGCUUGAGGGUUGGCAUGAUGACAGAUGAGAUAGACUUCAUCGUACACCAGGAGACAAUCAAACACAAUGCCUACCCCUCCCCCCUCAGUUAUGGGGGUUUCCCCAAGUCGGUCUGUACAUCGGUAAACAAUGUGGUAUGCCAUGGUAUACCUGACAGUCGGCAACUUCAGGAUGGGGAUAUUAUCAACAUAGAUGUGACUGUAUAUUUUGAGGGUUACCAUGGUGAUACCUCAGAAACCUUCUUGAUUGGUCAGGUGGAUGAGACUGGGCGACGACUGGUGGAAACAGCCAGGCGUUGUAGAGACGAGGCCAUCGCUGCCUGCAAGCCGGGCGCACAGCUCUGUGUUAUAGGAAACACUAUUAGUGAGAUAGCCCACGCCAAUGGCUUCCAAGUGUGUCCGUACUUUAUUGGACAUGGAAUAGGUUCCUACUUUCAUGGUCAUCCUGAGAUCUGGCACCAUGCUAAUGACAAUGACAUGACCAUGGACGAAGGGAUGGCUUUCACAAUAGAACCGAUUCUGAUGGAGGGGUCUCCGGAGUUUAGGAUCCUGAGGGAUAAGUGGACAGCGGUAUCUGCAGAUGAUAAAAGGUCAGCUCAGUUUGAACACACAGUGGUCAUCACGUCUUCUGGGGUGGAUAUUCUCACCAAACUGCCAGAGGAGAACAACCUGUAACCUGGAGGGAUCGCACUGCUGACCCCUAGUGCAUCUCCAUCAAAGAGGAGUAGAGGCACCCAUUUCAAUCAGACACUUACUGUUACUAGAGCUUAAACAGCAACUGGACACAUCAUUGUAAACAACUGCACCUUCUCUAUGUACUGUAUACAGUGUAAAAAGUCACUUAAAUAAUUAAAUUGCUCUUAUCUAAAUUUUAA